GUGGUCCUUCCGACUGGAUUGGAAAUGAAGGAGGGGGCGUGGGCCAAGGCGCGCGGCGCUCUAGCGACAGCCAAUCAGAAGCCUGGUCGGGCUUUGGCGGGAGGCGGUAAAGCUGCGGCUUUGCAGAUUUGGCGCGAGUGCGUCUGGGCUUUACUGCAGCUGGUGUGUAGUUUAUUCCGGAACUUGCCCUGAAGAAUCCCAGAAGCCGUGUGCGAGAGACGUGAAAAAGAGCCAGCACUGAGGUACUCAGCCUUGUGAGGUGGAGAGGAGAGGAUUGCUCGGGGAGGCCUAGGACCCAGGAGGCAGCGGAGGUGGGAGAGCGGCUACGGCGAGGGCCGCUGCUUCCCCCUGAGGCUCGAGCUGUGUUGCCAUCAUGCCUCAAACCCGAUCCCAGUCACAGGCUACAAUCAGUUUUCCAAAAAAGAAGCUGUCUCGGACAUUGGACAAAGCUAAAACUUCUGGUGACACCAAACUAGAACUGACCAAUGUCCAGGCCUCACGCAGUUCUUCUGUAAAAAUUCUGCCUCUCAGCCCCAGAAAACGUCUUGGUGAUGAUAAUCUGUGCAACACUCCCCAUUUGCCACCCUGUUCUCCACCAAAACAAGGCAAAAAAGAGAAUGGCCCCCCUCGCUUCCAUACACCUAAGGGGCGCAGAUUGGUGUUUGACAAUCAGCUGACAAUUAAGUCUCCUAGCAAAAGAGAACAAGCCAGAGUUCACCAAAACAAAAUACAUUCCUCAGUUCGAAAAGGUCAAGAGAUUACAACAAAUUCUGAGCAGAGAUGUCCACUGGAGAAAGAAUCUGCAUGUAUGAGACUGUUCAAGCAAGAAGGCACUUGCUACCAGCAAGCAAAGCUGGUCCUGAAUACAGCUGUCCCAGAUCGGCUGCCUGCCAGGGAAAAGGAGAUGAAUGUCAUCAGGAAUUUCCUGAGGGAGCACAUCUGUGGGAAAAAAGCUGGAAGUCUUUAUCUUUCUGGUCCUCCUGGAACUGGAAAAACUGCCUGUUUAAGCCGAAUUCUGCAAGACCUCAAGAAGGAACUGAAAGGCUUUAAAACUAUCAUGCUGAAUUGCAUGUCCUUGAGGACUGCCCAGGCUGUAUUCCCAGCUAUUGCUCAGGAGAUUUGUCAGGAAGAAGUAUGCAGGCCAGCUGGGAAGGACAUGAUGAAGAAACUGGAAAACCAUAUGACUGCAGAGAAGGGCCCCAUGAUUGUGUUGGUGUUGGACGAGGUGGAUCAGCUGGACAGCAAAGGGCAGGAUGUGUUGUACACGCUGUUCGAAUGGCCAUGGUUAAGCAAUUCUCGAUUGGUGCUGAUUGGUAUUGCUAAUACCCUGGAUCUCACGGACAGAAUUCUGCCGAGGCUUCAAGCUAGAGAAAAAUGUAAGCCACAGCUGUUGAACUUCCCACCUUAUACCAAAAAUCAGAUAGCUGCUAUCUUGCAGGAUCGGCUUGAUCUGGUAUCUAGAGAUCAGGUUCUGGACAAUGCUGCAAUUCAAUUCUGUGCCCGAAAAGUCUCUGCUGUUUCAGGAGAUGUUCGAAAAGCACUAGAUGUUUGCAGGAGAGCUAUUGAAAUUGUAGAGUCAGAUGUCAAAAGCCAGACUAUCCUCAAACCGCUGUCUGAAUGUAAAUCGCCCUCUGAGUCACUGGUUCCCAAGAGGGUUGGUCUUAUUCACAUAUCCCAAGUCAUCUCAGAAGUUGAUGGUAACAGAAUGACUUUGAGCCAAGAAGGGGCACAAGAUUCCUUCCCCCUUCAGCAGAAGAUAUUGGUCUGCUCUUUGCUGCUCUUGACCAGGCAGCUGAAAAUCAAAGAGGUCACUCUGGGGAAGUUACAUGAAGCCUAUAGUAACGUCUGUCGCAAACAGCAGGUGGCAGCUGUGGACCAGUCAGAGUGUUUGUCACUUUCAGGGCUCUUGGAGGCCAGGGGCAUUUUAGGAUUAAAGAAAAACAAGGAAACCCGCUUCACAAAGGUGUCUUUGAAGAUUGAAGAGAAGGAAGUAGAGCAUGCUCUGAAAGACAAAGCUUUAAUCGGAAAUAUCUUAGCUACUGGAUUGCCUUAAAUUCUUUUCUUUUAUACUAAUGACGCUACCUGAAAGUAUCCAGCUGGCAUUUAGAGAUCUAUGGAGUCUUCAUUUUAGUACUUUAUCCAUUCAGUGGCAUUCAAUGGUAAUUUGUGAAAACAAUAUGACCUUUUUUUAACAUGAAACUGAUAAAUUUUAAUCUAUGGAUUCAUGAAUAUUAGUGCAGAAUAAUAAUUUGGGGUCUUAUUUUAUGCAUUAAAAAUUACCAAGUAGACCUUUUUUAAUUAUAUUCACUACCUCCACCUCUUGUGUAUCUCUAACCAAUAUGCUUAUAUUGCAGUACACAAGAUUUAUGUUGUGGAAUGUACCUGUAUUUACCUCUUAGUUUCUUCAGACAUUGGCAUAUUUUAAAGAACCUUGGGGCUAGAGUAAGAAGAGAGAAAAAGGAUGUUGUAGGAAAAUAAGCAAGUCCACGUGGAGAUCUGGAGAUUUGAUCAAAGAAUUUCUUUCUUUUUGGAGGAUAUUGUGUUUGUGUUGCAAGUGCUUCCACAGUGACAUUUUAAAGACUCAUUGAGCUUCUUGGGCACUCCCAAGGCCGUGGGGGUGGUAAAGGGACAGUAACUGUACGGAUUGUGAAUAUAUUUAUUUUCAAGUUG